UUCUGUAUUUUAUUGCAACUUGCUUCAGGUGCUCUCCUUCGUCCAUCAAAACAAAAAUGGAUUCUCAAGUCAAGUAUGCUGUUGUUGUCAAAGUUAUAGGCCGUACUGGUUCUAGAGGACAGGUGACUCAAGUUAGAGUGAGGUUUAAUGAUGAUCAUUCGCGUCACAUCAUGAGGAACGUGAAAGGACCAGUCAGAGAAGGAGACACGCUCACCCUACUUGAAUCUGAAAGAGAAGCAAGAAGGUUGAGAUAGAUAAACUCACUUGAGUUUUAAAAAGAAGCAUGAAGGAUAAGGAAACUCCCAAUGGUUUUGUGCAGUAUCUAAAGAACAUUUUUUAGUGGUAUUUAGCAGAUGUAAAAUGUUAUUGGUAAACAUUUAAGUCAUGGACCGCCUAUUUUGGCAUGUAGUUUAGUUUAGUGAUUUUUGAUUAAAUUUUUGGUUCAACUAUUUAGUAUUUUGUUUUA